AUGGGUCGAAAGAAUGAAACUGGCAAUACGACAUCAGCUGUUGAUCGAUUUCGAAAAGAAUUAGGUCGACAAGAAAAAAAGAUUACAACUGAACAUCGUCGCGAAAUAAAACGGCUGAAAUCUGAACAAGAAACUGUAUCGUAUUGGAAGAAAAUCAUAUGGAUGUUUGCUGCUGUAUUAUUUCUUGUGUUUAUCAUUUAUGUUUCACUUGCGUAUUUCUUUACUCCAAAAGACUCGUUCUAA